AUGCUAUCGGAUAAGCAGAGACUGAAGCUGUUGUAUCGUCUGAAUAGGAGUACAACUGCAAAAGUGAAAAUUGCAUACCGGAUGUGGGAUCUAUAUGAGUUACCAACCAUCCGUGAAACAGCUUCGGAUAUUUGGGCUGUUAAAACUACCAAUAGUCUCGAGCGACCACGAUUCAUCAUCAUAGGCUUCCAGAACUCUGUGAACAAAGAUCAUAGAUCUGAGGAUGUCACACAAUUCACCCAUGCAGGAGUCAGCAAUAUUUGUCUGUAUCUGAAUUUGGAAGUUUAUCCAUAUGAACGGUGGAAUUUGGAUUUCGAUGAGAAAUUAGAUGCGAUAGCCUAUUAUGCAUACGAAAAAUUUCAAGGUAGUUACUACGGCAAAGAUAUGGGUGAACCAAUGAUGAGCAUUGAAGAAUGUCAUGCAAACCCUCUAUUCAUCAUCGAUUGCAAUCAUCAACCCGAUGCAAUGGAAUCCUCAACUGUCGACAUCAAGUUGGAGUUUGAAACACGUAAAACGAAGUUUUCAUCACACACCAAAAUUUACGCAUUGAUUCUUCAUGAUGCAUAUUCGACUAGUGCAUUGGAUGGUUCCAUACAGAUGGAUGCUAUAUAA